AUGCGAGGGGGUCGGUUUCACUAUCCCACCCCUCCCAGCACCCCAACUGAAGGCUCCCUCAAACCAUGCUUUCACUUCUUGCGAAACAAUAGCUGCAAGUUUGGGGCUCGGUGCAAAUUCUCCCAUGAGGUGAGUGAGGGCGCACAGGCGGGCCAGCCAGCAGAUUGGAGGCGCCCAAGUACCGCCUCGCGUCCCUCUACCAGCAGGAGUUAUCGCCCACCAGAGGGGAAACUGUUGAAAUGGAAGGGCUUGCUCCGGUCUGGUGAGGGAACUGCCCGACCAUCACACACUAUAGUCGGCCAGUUCUUUAGCCUGGCUGUCGAACUCAUGGAUGGCGAUGUCGGCGGCGCUCAGGAGACAAUCAGGCUCGUCGUCACCGAGGCUGGCCUGUCCUUUAUCAAGGAUGUCAUCGACCGGCAUAUUCCCAUAGACAACAUCUCUACCGCGGGCGUUCGCCUCUGGGAGACGGAGAUUAAGCCACUCUUUCAGCUUGUGACUCAUCCUCGCGUUGUUGAUUCUGCUGUCCUGGAGCAAGAAGUGGCAUCCAUAUUCAACUACCUCGUUGGAGUGGGAGGAGUGAGAAUGAACAAGCUCUUCAACUAUGUCAGCGCAUUAUUUCAAAAAUGGCCAUCCUCCACCACGCGGGAGUCUCUCAUGGAGGCAGUCGAGUUGUCUCUCUCGGUGUUGGCCAAGAUGUUGGACUGCAACACCACCAAUAUCAUCAACGAAGCUUUCUCAACAUACGCCAGCAGCUUGGCUAGUCUCUUGGAUAAACCAGCAGAACCAGAAGAGAUGCUUCCUCGUCUUCAAGCCAAAAGGUACCUUGAUUACAUUGGUCAGCGUGUUCAAGUUGGGAGUCAGCUGGCAAGCCUAGAGCCGCGAGUUCAAGCUACCCUGACCCAAGAAACUUUCAUUCUGACAAGAGAUCUUCCUGGCCGCCUAUCCCCUGGAGGACCUAGGCACAACAACGACCAUGCAAGCAUAGUCAACAUCAAAAUUUUGCCCACCUACGAAGAGAUCAUGUCACCAAGAGAGGAAUAUCUACCGGUAAACGACUCCUCUCAGUGGCACAUCCCAGGUAUCCGUGGGCGUUUGGACAGGGAAUUUCGCCUAAUACGAGAAGAUACUGUCGGGCAGCUCCGAGAUGCGAUUCGUGAGGCCUUUGGACGCAUACGUGGUACCACCGGCGGUCUCGGUUACCAGACCAACUCCAAUAACUUGCGUACAUACACAUACGACUCUGCCACUCUCGUCGACAUGCAAUUCGACGCAAACGCCGGUCUAGACUUGGUUGUUCAAUGUGAUCAGCCUUCUUCCGUUCUGACAUUAAGCCCAGGGCAGAGAAGGGAUUGGUGGGAGAGAUCGAAACGCCUCCAGGCCGGUGCACUAGUGUGUAUCAUGGACAAAACCGACUCCGUCAUGUUCUGCACCGUGUCUGAGUCCACCAUGAGGAACAAAGAUGACAAAAAGCACCGCUUCGGGAAGAAAUCAUCAGAAGAUGAUGAGCCCCCGGAAAAGGCUGAACCAUUGACUCUGUCGGAUCAUGACUUGUACUUGCACGUCAACUUGCAGCUUGUAGAGGCAACUCAAGACGAUGUCACGCGCGUUCUUCAUUGGUCCAAGAGCACGGGGCCAUCGCGCCAUCGAUAUCUUGUCGAGUUUCCCGGCAUCCUUCUGGCGUCGUUCAAGCAUACGCUUGAUGCCCUUAAGCAAAUGUGUCAGCAACCAAAGAUGCCUUUCGUUGACCUCUUGGCGCCAGACAACGUUACUGUUACAGAGGCUAAUCUGCAGCCACCUUUAUACGCGAGGAAGGCCGGCUUCACAUUCGACAUCAGAUGUAUUACGCAUGACAAGUCUGAGUUUCUCGUUUCUCCUCAGCAGCGCCCAAGCCCAAAACUCGUUGAAUCUCAAACGGCUCUAGACCUUACGCAGUCCACUGCCCUCCUUAAUACCCUAUCACGAGAACUGUCACUCAUUCAAGGCCCUCCUGGUACAGGCAAGAGCUAUAGCGGAGAAAAGAUUAUCAAGGUCUUGCUAGCAAACAAGGAAAAGACUAGUAUUGGGCCAAUAUUAUGUGUCUGUUAUACGAAUCACGCUUUAGAUCAGCUUCUCGAGCAUCUCCUUGAUGAUGGAAUUGACAAAGUCAUUCGCAUCGGAUCCCGAUCAAAGUCAGAGAGACUACAAGCCCUCAACCUGCGAAUGGUAGCCCAAAACAGCGACCGGACGCGAUCGGAAAAGUCCUCUCUUUGGGAAAUACAACAGAGUCUGGGGGGUAUUGAGGACAGCAUGAGAGAGUCGCUCCGCCGACUGGCAGCAUCGGAUUCACCACAAGCUAUCAAGGCGUUUCUGGCACAAGAAUUUCCUAGGCACCACGGGACGCUGUUUGGUGAAAGCGAAGACGGAUGGGAACAGGUUACCAGAGAACCUCGUGAGGUCUUGCGGCGCUGGCUCGCAGGCGGCUCGCGCGACAGCUCCCAGUGCCGAGGCGUUGAGGUUCUUAAAGAAAUCAGACUUUCUAUUAUGAAUAAUGCCGAGCGCCAGGUUCUUCAUAGAUACUGGCUCAAUAGCAUCGUUGCCCCACUCAUUCACACAAUCACGAUACUUCAGGAAGAGCACUCCGAGUUGAUAGAACGGCGAAAUCGGGUGCGCAGCGAUGUGGAUCUGCGCUGCCUCAACCAGGCCAACAUCAUUGGAGUUACAACAACAGGGCUGGCCAAAAACCUGGCUCUCCUCCGCAAACUACGAUGCAAGGUCAUGCUCUGCGAAGAAGCUGGAGAGGUGCUGGAGGCGCACAUUUUGACCGCUCUGCUGCCCUCGAUCGAGCACGCCAUUUUGAUUGGCGACCAUCUCCAGCUCCGUCCGCAGAUUCAAAACUAUGAACUCCAGAGCACAAACCCUCGAGGCAAACAGUACUCUCUAGAUACGUCUUUGUUUGAGAGAUUGGUUGAGCCGCCGCACCUGAUGGACCUACGCCUUCCCUUUAGCACAUUGGACACCCAGAGGAGGAUGCAUCCGUCCAUAUCUGAGCUUGUACGAUCAACCUUAUACCCGUCCUUGCAGGAUGCCGAGAACGUGAUGAUUUAUCCAAAGGUUGCUGGUAUGAGAGAGCGUCUUUUUUGGCUUCACCAUGAUCACUUAGAAGCCGGCGCGGCUAGUCACGACCCCCUGAAUACCUCCCACUCGAACGAUUUCGAAGCUGAGAUGACCGUGUCUCUCAUCUCUCAUCUCGUUAAACAAGGAGAGUACUCCCCAGACGACAUUGCAGUUAUUACGCCAUAUCUGGGCCAGCUACAUAAGCUACGGCGCCGAAUGGAAUCCAUGUUUGAGAUUUGCCUCAACGACCGUGACCUUGCAGAACUGGAAGAAUUCGAAAGCAAAGGCCAGGCAGCUCCGUCCACUUUAAAGGCAAACCGGUCUAGCAAAACAACUCUUCUCAAGAGCGUCAGGGCUGCAACUGUUGACAACUUUCAGGGCGAGGAAGCAAAGGUCAUCAUCAUCUCUCUUGUGCGGAGUAAUUUGCAAAAGAAGUGUGGAUUUCUCAGCACUUCCAACCGCAUCAAUGUUUUAUUGUCGCGUGCAAAACAUGGCAUGUACAUUAUUGGAAACUCCGACACUUACUAUAAUGUUCCCAUGUGGCAAGAAGUCAUUGACAUGCUCACCAAGGGCGGCCGCUUGGGCACAAGUUUGGAGCUUCAGUGCGACCGACAUCCCGACACCCCGAUCCGCGUCUCCCAGCCAGACCAUUUCAUGCUAGACUUCACUGUGGUCAUUCUUGCACUGGGAGGUGUCAUUCGGAUAUUCUGCAUAAUGUUGUCUUUUGUCAAGAACCUUGCCCUCGGCCUCAAAAAGGUUGCGAUCAUGCCUGUCCUCGACGAUGUGGUGACGCAUGUCCGCUCAGGUGCUCUGGUCCUCGUUAAACGGAAAGUUCCAGGGUGCAAUCACGAUGUCGAGGUUCAAUGCCACGAAGACGUGACCUCUGCCGGUUAUCUGUGCACUGCCUCCUGCGGGCACAACCGUGAGUGCGGCCAUGCGUGCAAGAGUUCUUGUUUUAAGUGUAACGACCGGGAGGACGGUAUGAUCAAGAGGCAAAACCACGGCAUCUCUGCUCUGAGACUUGUCAUGGCGAUGCUGGGUGUCCGCCUUGCAAGGAACCAUGUGAAGUACGCUGUGGACAUUCAAAGUGCAACAAGGCAUGCCACGAGCCGUGUGCGCCUUGUGCGGCAAACACAUGCCACUCGAGCUGCCCUCAUACGAAGUGUACGAUGCCAUGUGCUGCGCCAUGCGACUGGGUUCCAUGCUCUAAGCGGUGCGAGAAAGUGCUGGAAUGUGGCCAUCAGUGUCCUUCGCUCUGUGGAGAAUGAGGCUGUCAAGUCUGCAUGCGUCGAUUUCCUUGAGAUGAGAGAAUACCACGAGAUUGACUUGGAUGAAGAGCCAUGUAUUUUCCCAGAUUGCGGGCAUUUCCUCACUACUUCGUCUAUGGAUGGCCAGAUGGGAAUGGGGGCAUACUACGACCUGAAUGAAGAUGGCCAUCCAGUACGACUCGGCAAGACUUCUGAACCUUUCUCGCUGGACGAAUCGGGCAUUCCGGAAAUCUUGGCGCAAGCGAGCCCUGGAAAGGUAUUUCAGGCCAAUACAGCGGCGAGGGGUGUUCAGCUAAUCAGCUCCGCCCCGAGACUGAAGCAACUUCGGGAUUUGCAAAAGGUUGUGGGAAAAGGACGAUAUGACUCUGUGAUCAAACUCUGGAGGCAGAUUAAAACACACGCCAACGGCGUCAGGGGAGAAGAGCAGCCGUUCAAGCGAGUGGCAGACUUUGUGCAAUUUGCCAAUCGCCAAAACAUGGCGAAUCGAGAGUUUCGAUAUGAUGAAUCCGUCAUACAGGUCAAGGGGUCGCUUCUUGCAGACGCACUGCUGCUUAAAUGCGAUAUCAUCAUCUUGUUCGACUUUCAGCGCUGGGCCAAAGGCGGGGGCCUGACCCAAGUAGAUGCGGAAGUCAAGUUGGAUUUGUCGAUUCAUUGGACCGAUUGCGCCAAUCUCAUUGUGCAAUCUCGCUCACUCAAGUAUGUUAGAGAAGAGGUCCAGGGGCACAUUUUUGCCGCGCAGCUCUGUGGACUGUGUCUAUCGCUUGACGGGUGUACUAUGUGGCCUGUUGGUGGAGAUCUCAUGAUGGAGCAAAACGAGGACAAUCUGAAAGAAGAGGCCUUGAGUCAUAUCCAGCAAGCUCGCACCCUAUUGGAAGAGUAUCCGUCCACGGCCAUGUUCAAAGAUGAGAUUGAUAGUGUUGAGGAGAUGAUUGGCAACGGCAUCUACCGUCCAGUCACGGCGGAGGAACUACGAGCUGUGUAUAACGCAAUGUCGAAUGAGCUUCGGGGCACUGGGCACUGGUAUCUCUGUGAGAACAACCAUCCGUUUACGAUUGGGGAAUGCGGAAUGCCCAUGCAAGAGGCCAGAUGCCCUGAGUGCGGCGCCAGGAUUGGGGGCCGGAACCACCAAGCUGUAGAGGGGACGAGGCAAGCGGUGGAUAUUGAGAAUCUUGCGAUGGGCAUGAAUGGGUUGAACAUGUAG